AAGUCAGUCAGUCUGUGGGUGGUAUCUAGCGAUCGGUCGGCCCAUUAACUAACCACCAACUCCACUGAAUGUCUGACAUAAAGUAAUCUGAGGAUAUAUUAACCUACGUUGGUUGACUAGCGGGUUUAGUUAGUACGAUUAUAAUUAUAACUUCUCCUGGGAUGAAUACGGUAGGUUUAUUGACUGAUGCGCAACCUGUCCACACAUCUCUCUCUUGUCUUGUCUGUCCUGCAACAUCCCAUGUUUUGCUUGCUUUUCUUGAGACACACUUGUGGUCUUCGCACGAGGGUUGGUCGAUCACCAACUUCUCCGCCUUUCAAACUUUUGAGGAUAGACAUUCGAGACAUUCUAGACUGUCUCCUUUUUCUUUGCUUUUUUCUUCUUCCUUUCACCGGGGCAGGUCCUCCCCAAAUGCAUCUUUGUAAGAAGUCUGCAUUGCAAGGCUCAGCUUCAGGAUGGAAAGUAUCUAAAUUUUCAGCCACAUUGGUCGACUUUCAAGCUAAAAAUUGCUACAAGUGGUUUUUCUUUUAUUUUUUAUAACAUGCUGAUGGAAGAUUGGCGCCGUCUUUGUUACUUUUCUGGAGGGAC